AAUUCAAACUAUUUUAAGUCUGUGAUACAAACUGGUCAGACUGGUGGCGGAGCCGAAUACGAACAAAACUACUGGUCCGCCUACUAUCCUACUUACGGCGGAAAUAGUAUGACUGAAACAGCCCCCAGAGGCGGAGCUAGGGGCGGAGGAGGAUUCAGGGGCGGAGCAACUAGAGGUGGCUCUCGAGGCGGAAGGGGUGGACGAGGAGCCAAGAACUGGAAUACCGGUGGAUCCGAAUGGGGUGGAAGUUCUUCGGAGUGGGGGCCUCCAGGCACAGAAACGUCCAAUUGGUCGACAUCCAAUCAAACUUGGACGCCAGCUUCAGGAUCUAACGCGGAUUGGUCGCAAUCCGCAGGAUCCAAUCAGAAUUGGACUCCAUAUAAUCAGCAAGAGGGUAGAGGAAGAGGAAGAGGGAGGGGUAGAGGAAGAGGGGGUUUUAAGACAAACGAUCCUCCGAUGCCCAAGUACUAUUCAUCAGUCGAGGAGUUCUUUGCUGGUAUUACUAUGCACCCGACAAGCUGGGUCACAGAUCAAGCUAGACGUCAUCAAUGGACAAUAUCGGGGAAAGAAGGAACAGAGGGUAUCAAGUACAAGUUUUUGCUUGAUAUCGGAGAUAUCAAUGCGGUUGGAGUUUCGAAAAAGAAAAAGGAAGCCAAGGGCUUUGCUUACAGGUUGAUGUCCGUGAAAAUUGCUGAAAAGUUAGGAAUGGUUCCCAAGCUGCCUGACGAUAUUGCUGAAAUUGUCAACCCUGAAUCUGCUCCCCCACCUCCUCCUCCUGUAACAGAAGUUGUAGCUAAAGCACCUGUAAGCUUUGACGCAUCUGCGCCCGUAACAGUCGUGCCUCAGCUUCCUCUUCAGCCACAAGUUAUACCAGAGAAUAUCCCUGUAUUAAACGAUGAGGAGAUCAGUGCAUUCCCCGGACACCCGAUAAUUCUUCUUACAGAAGAAUUAAAACGGCGUGGUUUGGGAGCUCCUAUAUUCUCCUGUGUGAACGAGGAGAGGGUGAAGAUGAAGGGACACGGAAACUUCGGCAAAACUAACUAUACUAUGAAGGCUAAAGUUCGGUUUGAGGACGAAACAUAUUCAUAUUUUGGAAUUGCAAUGAAUAAAAAGACUGCAAAGCUCCAGUCUGCUGCAUUUGCAUAUCUUGGUUUGAUGAAAAUGAAAAUAGAAGAUUUAUCCCUAAAUCCGCCCUCAGAUCCUCUUCUCAAGGAUGGAAACCUUGCAGUUCAGAUAUCAUCAAGUAUGGCUGCUACUGGAGCCCUCGUCUCCGGUACUGCUCCGAUAGUCUCCGUGUUUAUAGAUAAACCUGUUCCUGUCGCGUCUGCGGCUCAACCUGUAGCUCAGACCUCAAAUUCCCCGGCAAAUGGUUCAACUUUACAAUCUGCUAAACCUAUACCUGUGGUCUCUAAACCUGCCAUCAUAGGUGGUGUUUUGAACAAACCUGACUCUACCGGAACAAUGGUGCAGAUCCCAGUUGUAGCAGUGCAACCACAAAUGAAACCCGUAGAGGACGCAAAGAAGAAGGAAGAAGUUGUUGAGAAUCAGAAAGUUGAGAAAGUUGAAAAAGUUGAGAAAGUUGAGAAGCAUGAUGACUCUUUUGAUGAUACUUCCCUGGAGUUCUCUGCUCUUCUUGGGAAACCAGAUUCAGGGGAGAAAUCCAGGAAGAGAAGCAGGAGCCGUAGCAGGAGUCGUAGCAGGAGUCGUAGCAGGAGUCGUAGCAGGAGUAAGGGGAGGAAAAGAAGCAAAAGCAGGAAGAGAAGCAGGAGCAGGAGCAGGAGAAGAAGCAGGAGUUCCAGCAGCAGGAGCAGAAGUAGGAGCAGGAGCCGAGGAAAGAGGAGGAGCUCCAACAAGCAUUCAAAAUCAUACAGGGAUCGCAGUUCUAGCCGAGAAAGGCACCGAGGUUAUAGAAGAUAAGGCUUUUGAGAAACAUAUUUGACUGCACCGUAUAUGCACCUGUAACACUAUCACCAAUCGUACAUUUUAUAUAGGAAAAGUUUAAACCUAAGCAAAGUAGUGCAAGGGCAUUUCUAAAUAUUUCAAGCAUUUUUCUCCACAUUGCAAUUGAAGAUUUCAAUUUAAAUGUGAAUAUUUUCCGUGUGAAAAUGUCUUAUUUAAUGUCAGUAACCUUUGUGUGGUUAUUUAUUUCUACGUCAACAUUGCAUUGACUUCUUAAGAAUGUUUGUUUACUUUAUUUGUAAAUGACGUCCUAACAACGUUGCAAUAAGGUCCUACUGACAUUACUAUUUGUUUUG